AGAAAGAGAGGAAGGGGGAGGGGAUAGGAGCCAGAAGGAAUGGAGGAAAAGGCCAGGAAAAGACGGGGAGAGCGAGAAGCCCUCCACUUCGGCCUAGUGCCCUUGUCCCCCAUCCCCAGGUGGAGCCAGUGACCCUCCCUCCUGGCAUGGGGAACAGGUCUGUCCACACGUGGGCCACACGCCCUUCCCUCGGGCAGGACCUGGUCGGCCUGAUGACGGCAGCCAGUGCCUGAGGAGGUAAAUGGUUGAGUGGAAAAGUUCGGCAGGAGGGAGUGAGCAGAGGGAGCCGGAGCCCUCAGGCACAGGAGUGUCCUCCCCAGCCCCCCUCCUUCGGCUGGGCGCCCCUGCAUCCUGCGCCCCGCCCAGGGGAGGAUGGAAGAAGGCGGCCCCACCGUGGACUCCGCUCCGCCCCGCCUCCUUCCUCCUCCGACCCGGGGCUGCCUUCUUCCCAGCGGCCGCCGCCCCGUCUCCCGCUCUGCUCUGGUUCUGAGGUGAGACGGCCGGACUCCCAGGCACAGGCUGCACCAAGAGAACGGCGCCAGGGACCCGGCCAGCGCCGCGCGUCUCCCCACCUUCCGCGUGCUCCCAGCGCUGUCCCGGGGGUCGCAGGGCCAGGAAGACACACCUGGGGGGACCUGCGGGACCUGCGGACUGGGCGGGGCCCGGGGUCCUGUGGGCGCAGAAGACGGGAGGACGCAGGGCGGCUUGCGCUCCUGCGGAUGGCUGAGGCAAGCGCAGAAAUACCAGGUUGGGCAAGACUGGAAAAGCGGCGGCAGGAAGGCUGGAGGGCGGCCCGGAGGCGGAGGCCCAGACAGGCCGGCUCUCAAACCACAACCCGGGCCCGCCCCCAGCAGACCACGCUCCUGGACCGUGGUCGGGAGAUGAGGAACGAGGGGCUUCAGACACACGCAGGGCCGGGAGGAUCAGAGGCAGCGCGGGGGACGCCCCCCAGACGCAGCGUAGGACGGACCCACAGUCAGGAGCCCUUUAGCGCCCUGAGCGGGCCUGCGGGAAGAGGGGUGAGGCAGGGAGGGCACUGGACAGGGCGGAAGGAGGCGCUCUCUGCAGGGUCUCCCCCCCACAUCAAGGCGCAGGUGCACAGCGGGUCACGCGCAGGCGGCUGCCCACAACACAGGUGUGUCCAGCCGAGGGCACUGCUGGCGGGGGUGCAAAAUCGUCAUGAGACGUUGGCUGGGACAGCAGAGGGCCCCUCCCUGCGGCACGGCCGCCCCCACCCCCUCAUGGGUUUUCCCCGGCAGGAGUGGUCUCGUGUGUCUCGGCCUUUUCCUCGUCUGUGGAUCCCUCUAGGGCCACUGCCUCCAAGCAGGGUCUACGUCUGCCUGCCCACCCAAAGCCCAGUCAAACGGGUGGGUGGGAGCGUGGCUGUGGGGGAAGAGCUGCGGGCAGAGGGCAGAGGCCCUGGGGCACCCCCUGGGAGGGGCUGGCGGGCGGAUGCUGUUGCCAGAACCCCACACAGGCUUUCUAGUCACUGCAUGGGGAGCGAAGAGAACGUGAGCGCUAGCCGCCUGGAGCAGGACGUCCCUGGAGGGCGUGGACGCCCAUCGAUGCCUGUCACACAGCAAGGCCGCCCUUCCCAGCUGCCUGACCGAACAUCCUCUCCACUAGACCACAUGGGGGCAGUCACCCUCCUAGGACAGGCCCCUCUGCACCGGUGUCCAAGAGCCAGAGGGAUGGGUAGCCACACCUGGGGUCCGCUGCUACCCAGUGCGAGUUCAAACCCAGCUCCAGACUGAGGUGCCUAGGGCUGUGGCCGGGGGCUGAUCAGCCGCAGAGGGGACCUCGCCUGGUCCCAGUCCACAGCAGCUCCACGGCCCCUGCAGGGAAAAUACCUCCACCUCACGGACCAAGGAAGCCCCAACCCAGCCCCCCGAAUGGGGAAACUGAGGCGGAGUGCUCUCCUGGGCUGCGUCUGAAGGCAGGAGCUGCUCCACAACUGGCACUCCCGGGGAGGAAGCGCGCAGCCACACCCUUCCCCCCAGCGGCUCCCGAGUGCUGGGCAGAGUGCAGCGCACGACAGAGGCAGCCCCGGCUGCGCAUGGGCAGAGGGCGCACACACCACGAGGGCAAGGACAGCUGCUU